GUUUUUCAGGAGCUGCAGGAGGAGCUGCAAGCAGCAUUAGCGGGCGAGGCCGUUUCCAUCCUUGCCUACGGCGCCACGGGCAGCGGCAAGACCCACACGGUCACGAACUUCGCUGAGCGGGCUGCGAUGCGGUUGGAUGAAGAGGCAGAAGCCUUGGAGAAGGAGGGCUUGCGUCUGGAUGUGGUCGUGCAGAUUGUGGAGAUCUACAACGAGCAGUUCCGGGACCUGCUGGUUCCGGAUGUCGCUCAUCCUCCGGAACCACCCAGGCUAAAGAUGCCAACGCCCACGAGCAGCGCUACGUUGCAGGGGGCUUCACAGCGUCAGAUCUCGCGUGGCAGCGGCAGCAUGCUGAGGAGCUUGCAG